GGAAUUGGGUAUUUUCGACUACAGGUCAAAAACGUGAUCUUCAGGAAAGACUUAUCCAACACUACGACUUAUCGGGAAAUAGGGCUAGUGACGAAGAGUUCAACCAGUCAGUUUACGAAGACGUAGGUGGAACCACCAACUUACGGUCCUCACCGCUUAUCGUGCAACAACAACAGUUUACUCUAAAAGAUUUAGGAGAUUGUGUUAACGUUUUUUCAGGAGAAGGGUCUGUAGAUAUUCGAGGGUGGGUAAGCGAAUUUGAAAAUAAUGCAGAAAUAGUAAAAUGGAAUGAUCUUCAGAGAUUUGUUUAUGGCAAACAGCUUCUUCGUGGUGCCGCUAAGCUUUUUGUUAGGAGUCAGAAUAAUUUAAAUAGUUGGGAAGCUCUGAAGUUAUCAUUAAUUAAUGAGUUUGGUCGCAAACUAUCUUCUGCAGAUGUGCAUAGGUUGUUGAAAAAUCGCCGCAAACAAGCAAACGAAACUUUUCGGGAAUACUUGUAUCAUCUCAUGGAGGUAGGCAAACAGAUUAGUCUAGACGAAGAAAGCAUUAUAGAUUAUUUCAUAGAAGGGGUUCCAGAUACCAAGUUCAAUAAGGCAAUUUUGUAUCAAGCUAAGAAUAUAGAAGAACUAAAAGAGCAAAUCAAAAUUUACGAAAAGAUACGGAAAUACAACUCAGGGAUAGGAAAAAUAGUAAAUGAUACAUCCUCUAACAAGACAAAAGAAGAACUAGGUAAAAGAUGUUUCAAGUGCGGAGACAAAUUCCACGUAGCAGCUCAAUGUCCACAAAAACAAUAUAAAUGCUUUAAAUGUAAUGAGAUGGGACAUCGUUCGUUUGAGUGCAAAAAUAAUAAAGUCAAGGGAGCUAGAGAAGUUAAAAUCGAAUCAAGUAGCAUAAACACUUUAGGAAAUACAAGUUUUCAACCAGUCGUUGAUGAAGAAUUACAUUUCAAAACAGUUAAUUUAAAUGGGUUUAGGUUCGAAGCUCUAAUUGAUUCAGGGUGUUCACUUAAUUUAAUACGUUACGAUACGUUGAUACUAAGUGGGCUUAAACCAAUUCUAAGCAAUGAGAAAAGAAAACUAUAUAGCGCUUGCUCAAAUGUGAUUGAGACAAUCGGAAGUUUUGAUACUUUUAUACAUAUAGAUGAGUUAGUGUUAAAGGUCAGAUUUCAUGUAGUCAGAGAACAAGAUAUUAAAUUUGCAAGUAUGAUAGGAAAGGCUAUAUUAAAAGACGUAGAUAUUGUUUUAACAGAAGAUAAAGUAAUGUUUAAGAAAAAGGAUAAUUCAAGAGAUUAUAAACCAGGUAAUGACAAAAUGAGGCAGGAUUCUAAACAGGUUAUGAAAGAAGAACGAAAUGCACCAAUAGAAGCAAAAAAUAAGUGGAUUAAGGAAUUUGAUGCGAUGAGUUUAAAUGAAAGAAAGGAUGAGACUACAGUGAAUUUGGGACAUUUGAGUAAGGGAUUAGCAAAAGAAGUUAAAAGCUUAGUUGAUAAAUACAAAUCAUCUGGUAAAUGCAUAUCACCCGUUAAGAUGGAAAUUGUUUUGACAGAUGAAAUUCCCGUCUAUCAGCGACCAAGACGUUUACCAAUCGAUGACCGUAGUUUUGUCGAUAAACAAAUAGAAGAUUGGUUAAAAGAGGGAAUAAUACAACCAAGCUCUUCCAAUUAUGCUUCUCCGGUAGUAGUAGUUCCUAAAAAAGAUGGAAACAGACGCUUAUGUUGCGAUUAUAGACAAUUAAAUAAAAAAAUUGUAAGGGACAAUUUUCCAAUGGUUGUAAUGGACGAUGUCUUAGAUAGCCUUCAAGAGGGUCGAGUUUUUACAACGUUAGAUUUAUCGAACGGAUUUUUCCAUGUGCCAGUAGAUUCACAAUCUAGGAAAUUUACCGCUUUCGUUACCCACAAUGGUCAAUAUGAGUUUUGUGUUGUUCCAUUCGGUAUUUCAAACUCACCAGCUGUCUUUUGUCGUUAUGUUAAUGCUGUUUUUCCGGCCACUAAUCCAGAA